GGAGUACUAGCUUUUUUUUUUUUUUUUUUUUUUCAUCCUUACUUGAAUUGGGUGCGGCCGAAUCCAGCCGGUUUGAUAAAUUUAGCAAAUAUGCAUAAUCAUGGACCCACCUUCUAUCCAACGCCGUGAAACUCUAGAAUAAUUCGAGGGUAUUUCAGGAGCAUUUUCUCGGUUCUUACACAAGAAAUGUCACAGUUUCUUGGCUUCAUCCUAAAUUUUCCUUUUUGUUGAAUUGAAGUUUAUCGUAGCGUUGACUCAGUUGAUACAUACAUAAUCUUUAGAAAUGGAGAAAAUCGGGAAAAGAUUCCAAGGAAAAGUGGCCAUAGUGACGGCUUCCACACAGGGGAUCGGCUUCGGCAUAGCUGAGCGGCUCGGCUUAGAAGGUGCCGCCGUCGUCAUCUCCUCCCGCCGCCAACCAAAUGUUGAUGAAGCAGUGGAAAAGCUUAAAAAUCAAGGAAUUGAAGUGAUGGGUUUGGUGUGCCACGUUUCAAAUGCACAGCAUAGGAAAGAUCUGAUCAAGAACACAAUCCAGAAAUAUGGAAAAUUAGAUGUAGUUGUGUGCAAUGCUGCUGCAAACCCUUCUGUCGACGGCAUCCUGGAAACUAAAGAAUCAGUGCUUGACAAAUUGUGGGAGAUCAAUGUUAAAACCUCGAUUCUUCUGCUACAGGAAGUAGCUCCUCACUUGAACAAAGGCUCUUCAAUUGUAUUCGUGUCUUCUAUAGCUGGAUUCCAUCCGCCCAAAGGCUUGGCGAUGUAUGGGGUCACCAAAACAGCCCUACUUGGACUCACAAAGGCACUUGCAGCUGAGAUGGCACCGGAUACCCGUGUUAACUGCGUUGCUCCUGGUUUCGUUCCAACCCACUUUGCGUCAUUUCUUACCACGGAUGAGGAGAUGAAGAGAAGCUUGGAGGAGAAGACGCUGCUGAAUAGACUUGGAACUACACAAGAUAUGGCUGCUGCUGUGGCUUAUUUGGCUUCCGACGAUGCUGCUUAUGUCACCGGAGAAACAUUAAUAGUGGCUGGGGGAAUGCCUUCCAGACUCUAAGUGCAUAUUUGGUAGGCCUUAUAAGUCUGGAUAGAUAAAUAAUUUGGGGUUAUAUGUGUUUGGUAUCCCAAAUUAUUAAUCAAGAGGGUCGAGAUAAGAUCAAUGGUCUCUUUUAUUUUGUUAUUACUCUUUGAAAAACAUUAUUUCACUAUUGAGAUAAAUUAAUGUUUUUUUUUAAUUGAGAUAAA